UUGACGUCGAUUCGCUCCGUGCUCGGGAGUGGCUGAAUCAGGAGGACGGUGUGGUGACGUCAGAGGAGACCAGCCAAUCGGCUUUCAGCUUUCCCCACAAAGUUGUGUCUUCCCUCUGGGCGCUGCUGGGUGAGGCCAAAGAGAUGCCAAGGUGCAUUGUGCAAGGAUGCCCGCAUUACUCUGGAAGGAAGAACAGCACCCCGGGGGUCACCUUCCACAUGUUCCCCAAGAACCUUGCCACCAUCAAGAUGUGGCUCCAGCAGAUCAAUCAGAACUUUGGCGAUGUGGACGCCUUCGCACAGGGAGUCUUGGAGGGAAAGGCUGGUGUGAUACGCAUCUGCUCAGCGCACUUUGCCAUCGAGUGCUACCGCUUUGUGGGGUCCCAGAAAAUAUUGUUGGAGGAUGCUGUGCCAACCAUCUUCCUGGCUAAGCCGGCUGUUAAGGUAGAGAGCUCCUUUUGUCCAAUGAUUUUUCCGGAUAAACAGAAGCCAGCAAUUCAGAUGGAGAGCGCCGUUCAUCCAGAGAGUUUCCCGGAGAAGGAGAAGAUGGCCAUGAAAGUGGAGAGCGCCGGUGGCCCGAUGAUGCUUGCAAAGAAAGAGAAGACCGUUGGCAAGGAGGAGGCGGCCAAAACCUCCAAAGGAAUCCCAACUGUUGGGAACGUCCCAGACAUGGAGGAGCCAGCGGUGAGUGUAGAGCGCACCGUCCCUCCGUUAUAUUGGAAUAUGCAGCCCCUCCAGAUGCCAAUUCUGCCUUUUCUUCCAGUCAAUAUGGCCAACCCUCUGUGGGCCAACAACGACCUUGCUGUAUCAAAAUUAAACCAAUGGUCAGCCAAAGACUUGGCCAAUGGUGGAGCCAACGUUGAAGAGAAACAUGCUGUAGACACCUCUGUCUCUAAGGUUGAAGUUACAAAAGCAAAGAGCCAUGUUGAAAACGUGAUGAGCACAGACAAUUUCCCGAAUAUGCAGGCUGUAGAAAGUCACGCCAAUUUACCGAACGCCAUAUUUGGGGAGAACGGUGUCUAUGGCUCUGGCUGCCCCGACAGCUCGUUGUCGCCAACGACCCAAAAGGAAGACAAAUCUGUGCAAUGGCCAGAGUAUGAGACCAGCGGACCGGCCUGGAAGGUUCUCCAUGAUCAUUACUACAAAGUACGAAGAGCCAUCGAUCGUUCUGCGCUCAGGAACGGCAUUGAGAGCUGCUGCCAAGAGAUGGACUCUGAGGGGGAACUGCUGGCCAUCCUGCAGUAUGUGACCAGCGUCUUAUGGAGGAAUCGGAGGAAGAAAGAGCUGAAGAUGGAGCGCAUUUUAAAUCAAACCCUGGAGAUCAUCACACUUAUCACUGGGGAGGAGUGGGUGAUUGUGAAGAAGGACUCCAUUCACAAGGGAAUGCACGAGCUGACCGGAGAGCACUUUCAGGAUAAAUCAGAGCCAUUCUCUGUGCCAGCACCGACCAAUCAGAAUCACUCUGAUCUGUCCAGGAAAAGCUGCAGAAUGAAGAGGGAGAAGCGUGGAGAUUUCAUAUCCCCGGACCAGCACACCGGCUUUGUGGGCCCUGAUAGCUCAUUACCUUCAAAGGUCCCGGUGAAGUGCGGUAACGUGGCGGUCUUCUUCACUCUGGAUGAAUGGAACUACGUAGAGAGACACAGGCAGCAAUAUGCGGAAACGGUGGCAGAGAACGGUCCGGUAAAACGCACCUGGCAGGCCCGGGAACACUGGGAUUCAGAAGAAGAGUACUUCAGUGAGGAGGAGGAGGAAGAAGUUGAAGACUCGCCAAAGAGGAAAAGCUCUCCAGAAUGGAAGCCAGGGUGCGAAUCCCUGGACUCGGCAGAGGAGGAGGAGGAGGAAAACCACAACUUGAAUCACCCAGUAACUACCGAGAAUGGAGUCCAAGGAGAAUCUGAGCCUGAAACCAGCAGUCUGACUCUUGUGGAGGAAGAGGCACAGUAUGACUGCGACGCAUGCGGGGAACGUCUGACGUCUAAGGAGGACCUUAUAAGGCACAAAGCCAUAAACCAUGCCGUCAAACGCUACCCGUGCCCCAUCUGCGGCAUCCAGUAUGACUACAAAUCUCAGUUUAUCAUCCAUCAGCGAGCCCACACCGGAGAGAAGCCCUUCGUGUGCCAAGAGUGCGGGGCCAAAUUCGGCCACAAGAGCAGCUUCCUCGUCCAUGAGAGGCGGCACAAAGAAGGGAAGACCUUCGAAUGUGACAAGUGCGAUCGGCGGUUCGACAAGAAGUGCGAGUUGGUCAAACACGAGAAGACGCACGCCCAGAAAAAACGCCACAAGUGUCACAAAUGCGGAAAGAGGUAUUCAAACCGAUCAACGUUAAUGAGACAUAAAUGGGCCCAUAAGGGUGAAUGAAGGCGCCUUCUGGCGCUGAGAACGUUCGGAGCAUUAACCAAACACCGACUUUUUUCGGCAUGUGAAGACGCUCAGCCGCGUUGGUCAGCCGUUAACCUGUACGCAAGAUUUUGGGUUGAGUUUGUGCGUUCAUUUUCUUUGGAGCUCACAGUUUUUCAUGUGAUUGUUUGUUACAUUCCACCUCCACGGUUUUCUGUUCAGCUAAAAUUUGGUAACAUUUAUGUUUGUAGAAGAAUGCGCCAAAAUCACUGACUUUUGUGGUUACCGUUAUCCUAGAGUUGGAAUUCUCAACAAGCGAUACAGACAGAUAUGAGAAAUGUCUUAGUCUCCCAUAGGAGCGGUACCACCAUCAUGGGGAGUGCCGAUGUGUGGGUGACGAUCUCUGCCCCAGGACACUGGCAAACAUUGUGGGAGGGACCCUGACUCCACUUUGCUUGGGAUUGGCUGGGAAUGUCCCAGUCCCAUGUCAGCAGUUUUUGCCAACAAACUCAUGGAAACCACAUCAGUAUUAGUGCAAAUAUUCAGAUCUUUAACCAGAAUGCAGGUUUCUUCUAUAAGUCACAUUUUCACCUUCUUUUUUCCAUCGAGAGCUGGCCCUUUAAGGGCAUCGUAACACCUGAAAAUGGUAGGAUGGGCUCCUGAUCAUUGGCUGUCACAUUGAUCAUGUGAUCGGGAUCCCGUUUUCCCAGCUCCUGAUCAUUGGCUGUCACAUUAAUCAUGUGAUCGUGAGCCUGAUUUUCUAGCUCAUGGUCAUUGGCUGUCCCAUUGAUCAUGUGAUCGGGAUCCUGUUUUUCUAGCUCCCGAUCAUUGGCUUUCAUAUUGGUCAUGUGAUCGGGAUCAUGUUUCCCAGCUCCUGAUCAUUGGCUGUCAUAUUAAUCAUGUGAUCAGGAUCAUGUUUUCCAGCUCCUGAUCAUUGGCUGUCAGAUUAAUCAUGUGAUCGGGAUCCUGUUUUUCUAGCUCCUGAUCAUUGGCUUUCAUAUUGGUCAUGUGAUCGGGAUCAUGUUUCCCAGCUCCUGAUCAUUGGCUGUCAUAUUAAUCAUGUGAUCGGGAUCCUGUUUUUCUAGCUCCUGAUUAUUGGCUGUCACAUUGAUCAUGUGAUCAGGAUCCUGAUUCCUAGCUUUUGAUCAUUGGCUGUCAAAUUAAUCAUGUGAUCGGGAUCCUGUAUUUCUAGCUCCUGAUCAUUGGCUGUCACAUUGAUCAUGUGAUCGGGAUCCUGUCUUACAAGCUCUUGAUCAUUGGCUGUCCCAUUGAUCAUGUGAUCGGGAUCCUGUUUUCCCAGCUCCUGAUCAUUGGCUGUCACAUUGAUCGAGUGACUGCAGAAAAAGAGUCACUAUUAUCUUUAUUUCCGUUGAUCGUGUGACCAGCAUCCGGUCUUACCAGCUCCUGAUCAUUGGUAGAUGAAAGUAGUCGGUGACAGCACAGUUCCAGUGAUGGGGGCAUGAGCGUACUCCCAGCACAGCGAUACUGGUUGUAUGCGUUAAUGUGACAGCAUAACACAAGGCCCACUAGCUCAUGGUCAUUGGCUGCCACAUUAAUCAUGUGAUCAGGAUCCUGUUUUCCCAGCUCCUGAUCACUGGUUGUCUCAUUAAUCAUGUGAUCAAGAUCCAACAAAAAAGGCGUAAGUGACGUACCUCACCGUGGGACGGAAGUCCCAAAGAAAAAUACCAAAAAUGUAUGAAAAUAAAAAAUGGUGGGGAGUACAUAUUUAUUUCCAAGGAGUUAAAUUUUUCCCGGAAACUCCACUUUAAGCAAAUAAUUUUUGUGAAUCUGUUGCAAAGUUUACUACGUGGAGAUCCUGCCAGUAACGGCACUUCCGGUUGCAGGCCGACAACGCUAAGUUACUGUGCCGCAAUUAGCUCUUGUGUUCUCAGCCUGCUGUGGGCGCACUUUCAGUUGGCCGCUGGGGUACCUCGGUCUGUCUGAUAGACCUGGUAGGCAACCCAACAGCCAAUGAGUAAAGCAUUCGUGGCAGGCUGACAACAGGGAGGGCUGCUACUGGCAAGAUGUGCAUUGAAGAUCCGACAUCACUGGAACUUCAGUCUUAUAUCGUUCUUUUCACAUAACCAUGGUUUGGUGCUGUGAACAAGGCCUGUGUGCCGAAACGCGUCUGCGUGUUCUUUUACCAUGGUCAUAGGAAAAUAAAGAUAUAUAAGACUGAAGCACCAGUGUUGCCGGCUCUUCAAUGCACAUUCACGGUUUGUUUUUCGAUGUGGGAGGGACAUCCUGAGCCAGAGCACCUGCACUAGGUGUGCCAAUAUCCACUGCAGCAUUUGGCUUUUGUGUUUAGAGCAGUGUGGUUUUGUGUUGUUACUGGCAAGAUCUCGUAAUACAAGAACUUGACUUUGACAUACUGAAAAAAAGAUUUUGUGUUUGCAUGCACUUCAUUGCUUCUGCAUAAUUACCAUGGUGGUGAUGCUGACAAACCCCCUGUAAGCGAGGUGGAACUAACUCCUUAAUAGAUGGUUAAUGAUAUCUGAUGUGGAACGGGUUGAGCUCUGCUUUCCCAGCUUACACUGAGCACUACUCUCCUACAUAAAGUGUACACACUGAGCGCUGAUCUCCUACAUAAGGUGUACACACUGAGCGCUGAUCUCCUACAUAAGGUGUACACACUGAGCGCUGAUCUCCUACAUAAGGUGUACACACUGAGCGCUGCACUCCUACAUAAAGUGUACACACUGAGCGCUGCACUCCUACAUAAAGUGUACACACUGAGCGCUGAUCUCCUACAUAAAGUGUACACACUGAGCGCUAAUCUCCUACAUAAAGUGUACACACUGAGCGCUACACUCCUACAUAAAGUGUACACACUGAGCACUAAUCUCCUACAUAAGGUGUACACACUGAGCGCUGAUCUCCUACAUAAGGUGUACACACUGAGCGCUGAUCUCCUACAUAAGGUGUACACACUGAGCGCUGAUCUCCUACAUAAGGUGUACACACUGAGCGCUACUCUCCUACAUAAAGUGUACACACUGAGCGCUACACUCCUACAUAAAGUGUACACACUGAGCGCUGAUCUCCUACAUAAAGUGUACACACUGAGCGCUAAUCUCCUACAUAAGGUGUACACACUGAGCGCUACACUCCUACAUAAAGUGUACACACUGAGCACUAAUCUCCUACAUAAGGUGUACACACUGAGCGCUACUCUCCUACAUAACGUGUACACACUGAGGGCUGAUCUCCUACAUAAGGUGUACACACUGAGGGCUGAUCUCCUACAUAAGGUGUACACACUGAGUGCUACCCUCCUACAUAAAGUGUACACACUGAGCACUGAUCUCCUACAUAAAAGGUGUACACUGAGCGCUACUCUCCUACAUAAAAGGUGUACACUGAGCGCUACACUCCUACAUAAGGUGUACACUGAGCGCUACACUCCUACAUAAGGUGUACACUGAGCGCUACACUCCUACAUAAAGUGUACACACUGAGCACUAAUCUCCUACAUAAGGUGUUCACACUGAGGGCUACUCUCCUACAUAAAGUGUACACACUGAGCGCUGAUCUCCUACAUAAGGUGUACACACUGAGCGCUACACUCCUACAUAAAGUGUACACACUGAGCACUAAUCUCCUACAUAAGGUGUACACACUGAGGGCUACUCUCCUACAUAAGGUGUACACACUGAGCGCUGAUCUCCUACAUAAGGUGUACACACUGAGUGCUACCCUCCUACAUAAAGUGUACACACUGAGCACUGAUCUCCUACAUAAAAGGUGUACACUGAGCGCUACUCUCCUACAUAAGGUGUACACUGAGCGCUACACUCCUACAUAAGGUGUACACUGAGCGCUACUCUCCUACAUACUGCAUAAUGUACACUGAGCCCUGCUCGCCUACAUGGAGCACUGCUCUCCCACUUGCAAUUUACACUGCUCUCCUAAAUACAGCGUACACUGAAAGCUGAUCUCCUACACAUAGCGUACACUGAGCACUGCUUCCCUACAUACACAAGUGCUGCUUUCCUACAGUUCACAGCAUACACUGAGUGCAGCUUCCCCAAAUAAGGCGUACACUAGAUGCAGCUCUCCUACAUACAGCAUACACUAGGUGCGGCUCUCCUACAUACAGCGUACACGGAGCUCUGCUGUCAUCCAUACACGAUGCACAGCGAGCGCAGCUCCCCUACAGACGGCAUAUACCGAGUGCGGCUCUCCUACAGACGGCGUACAAUGAGCGUAGCUCUCCUACAGAUGGCAUACACUGAGCGAAGCUCUCCUACAUACGAUGUGCACUGAGCACAGCUAUCCUACAAACAGGGUACACCGACUGUAGCUCACCUACUAUAUGGUGUACACUGAGCGCAGCUCUCCUACAGACGGCGUACAAUGAGCGUAGCUCUCCUACAGAUGGCAUACACUGAGCGAAGCUCUCCUACAUACGAUGUGCACUGAGCACAGCUAUCCUACAAACAGGGUACACCGACUGUAGCUCACCUACUAUAUGGUGUACACUGAGCGCAGCUCUCCUACAGACGGCGUACAAUGAGCGCAGCUCUCCUACAGAUGGCAUACACUGAGCGCAGCUCUCCUACAUACGAUGUACACUGAGCGCAGCUCUGCUAUGUACAGGGUACACCGACUGUAGCUCUCCUACAUAUGGUGUUCACUGAGCGCAGCUCUCCAACUGUGAACAGCUCUCUCACAGCAGAUGUGUACGGUGAGCUUUUUGUUUUGUUUUUAUUGUUCCUUUUAUACUCAUGUUUUAUAGCAGACUUUGGAAUUUAGCACUGGAAUAAUAAACCCAGAAUUUGUAGAUUUCCUCUGUAAAGUGGGUGUUCGUUGUUUGUAAUAAAAGAUCUACACC